UGUUGGGAUUUUUCUUCUUUUUAAAACUCGAAUUAAUCAUAUAUUUUUACAGGCACAUGCGCGGUGUUGUGAAGUGUUAUCUGCUGUCUGGUUUCCCGCCGUUACGGCCUGUCUUCACCGUUCGAGCAUUUUGUUUACAUGUUAGCGCGGUGCUACGCUAACGCUAGCUGAACCACAGAACAGUGUGAGACACCUUUCUGACUUUCAACAGGUGUUUAAAACAAAAGUCCAGACUUCAGGGCUAAACUCUGUUUCAGCAGCUGUUUGCACCCCUGAAGACUGAACUCAGUCGUCCAUUAGAUGCUCACUUUGUGCCCGAGGAGUGACGUUACAAGCCAUUAAACGUUACAGGUGACACCAUGACGUCCAAAAAGAAACAGGACAGCGAUGAGCGCUUCCUCCGGGUGCAGAAGGACCCCAGAUUCUGGGAAAUGCCAGAGAGAGAACGCAAAGUCAAGAUCGACAAGCGUUUCCAGUCCAUGUUUCACGACGAGCGCUUCAAGGUGAAAUACACGGUAGACAAACGGGGUCGUCCCAUCAACCACACCACCGCUGAGGACCUGAAGCGCUUCUACAAACUGUCCGACUCAGAGGACGAAGAUGAUGAGGAGGAUGGGAAGAGCAAGACGGCGGCAGAGGGCAAGAGGAAGAAAGCGGUGAAGGAGAAGCUGGUGAAAGCUGACGGAGAGGCGAAGAAAGGGAAAGCUAAAGCAGAGCAGCCUGAACGAGGUGUCAGAGUUGUCGAAGAGGAUGAGGAAGAUGAUCAGGAGCUGAAUAAAGCAGAGGAGGAGGAUGUUGACCUGGCAGAUAGUGUCACAGGCAGCAGUGAGGAGGAUGAAGAUGAUGAUGAUGCAGGAGAGGAAAGUGAUGUGACGAGUGGAUCAGACGAGGAGGAGUCCGGUCUGGAUUCAGAAGAGGACAGUGACAGUGGGCCGGAUCUGGCCAGAGGGAAGGGUAACAUAGAGUCCAGCUCAGAUGAAGACGACGAUGACGACGUGGACGCCAUCCUGAGGAAGGAGGAAGAGGAGAUCGAACAUGACUGGGGAGAGUUGUGCAAAGACGCCCCACGAAGUGACGAGGUUUCUGCCCGACUUGCCGUCUGCAACAUGGACUGGGACCGGAUGAAAGCCAAAGACCUGCUGGCUCUGUUGAACUCCUUCACACCUAAAGGAGGAGCUGUGCUGUCUGUCAAGAUCUACCCAUCAGAGUUUGGGAAGGAGAGGCUGAAGGCGGAGGAGACUCAGGGACCGCUGGAGCUGGGUCGAGCCCUGCCCGACGACUCGGACGACGACACCGAGGAAGAGAGGGUUUACAGAGAGAAGAUGCGUGACUACCAGUUCAAGCGGCUGAAGUAUUUCUACGCCGUAGCGGAGUGUGACUCGGCCGACACCGCCGCCAAAAUCUACGGGGAGUGUGACGGCUACGAGUACGAGAGCAGCUGCUCCGUCCUGGACCUCCGGUUUAUUCCUCAUGAUGUCGAGUUUGACGAGGAGCCCAAAGACGUGGCGACGGAUGUGAACCUCUCGGCCUACACGCCCAAACUGUUCACCUCAUCUGCUUCUACAACGUCAAAGGUCCAGCUGACGUGGGAUGAGACAGACCACGAGCGCGUCACCGCCCUGAACAGGAAUUUCAACAAGAAUGAGCUGCUGGACAUGGACUUCAAUGCCUACCUGGCCUCCUCCAGCGAUGAAGACGAGGAGGAGGAAGGAGGAGGAGAGAUAGAGUUUGGAGAGGAUGAAGGAGCUGAACAGAUGAAGGUGGAGAAGAAACCGCAGGAAGAGGAGGAGGAGAAGAAGAAGAAGAAGAAGAACAGUGAGGAGCAGAUCUCCAAGUACAGAGAGCUGCUGAAAGGUGUCCAGGACAAAGAGAAGAAGCUGCAGGGAGACAAAGACAUGGAGAUGGAGAUCACCUGGGUGCCAGGGCUGAAGGAGACGACAGAGCAGCUGGUGAAGAAGAAGUUGGAGGGGAAGGACAAGCUGACGCCCUGGGAGGAGUUCUUAGAGAAGAAGAAGGAGAAGAAGAAGAAGAAGAAGAAAUCUCAAACAAAACAGGGAGAGAGUGAGGAAGAGCUCAGCGAUGACGAGCUUCCCCCAGACGUCAAUCUCAGUGACCCCUUCUUCGCCGAGGAGCUCGCUACUACAGACGUGAAGAAGAAACAGAAGGGGAAGAAGAAGAAGGAGGAGGAUAAGGAGCGGACCGCUGAGGAGGAGGAGGAGCUGGAGAAACAAAAGGCGGAGAUGGCUCUGCUGAUGGAGGACGACGACAACAAACACCAACACUUCAACUACGACAAGAUCGUGGAGCAGCAGAACCUGAGCAAGAAGAAGAGGAAGAAGCUGCUGAAGAAGGGCGAGGAGUCGCUGGAGGACGACAACUUCCAGGUGGAUGUUAAAGACCCUCGUUUCCAGGCCAUGUUCACCUCCCACCUGUUCAACCUGGACCCGUCCCACCCCAGCUACAAGAAGACCAAAGCCACGCAGAGCAUCCUGACCGAGAAGCAGCGCAGACGAGAGGAGCAGCAGCGCCGGAUGGAGGACACGCUGAGCGGUCAGAACGUCAAGCCCACACAGGAGGAGGCAGCCGCCGCUUUACAGGAAGAGGCAGGAAAGAGACGGGAAAAUGACUCGCCGAAGAAAUCCAUGGACCCCGGUCUGUCUCUGCUCAUCAAGUCGAUAAAAAGCAAAACGGAGCAGUUUCAGGCUCGGAAGAAACAGAAGCUCGUGUAAGGAAACAAAAACUCUCCUGACAGACUGAGACUCUGGUUCGUCCUGAAAUCACAGGCUGCAAAUGUUGACUUGGUUUCUCCUGAUGACGCUUCAGCCUGGACUGCGGAGUUUCUUUCAACGUUUGCACAGAAAAUGAAAUGAGGAAUUAAGCACAUUGGGUUUUUUUUUUUUUUAGUAAAAACACAAUCCUGCUUUCUCA